AUGAUGAAAAAUUAUUUCAGUAAUGGAAUUCAGAAACCUCAGGGUAAGGUUAGUUUUAACAAGGAGUCAGUCCGAGCUUUAACGGAGAUGGAUAAGGACAGUGACUUGGGUAAAUCAAAUAUACUUCUGAUGGGGCCAUCCGGUGUUGGAAAAACUUACUUAACGCAAAUACUGGCCAAAAUAUUAGAUGUACCAAUAGCAAUGUGCGACUGCACAGUGCUAACACAGUCUGGGUACGUUGGAGAUGAUGUUGAUACGGUCAUCCAGAAACUUCUUGCUAAUGCAGAUGGUGACACUGACGCUGCGCAGAGAGGGAUUGUUUUCCUGGAUGAAUUCGAUAAAAUCAGCAGUUCGCUGGAUUUCGAAUCACGCUCAUUUCGAGAUGUUGGAGGUCGGGGAGUGCAACAGGCAUUUCUCAAAUUGGUAGAAGGCACUGUAGUGAAAGUGAAACAACCUGGGUCUAAUGGAACACGGGUGGAUGUGGAUACAACGAAUAUAUUAUUUAUUGCUUCUGGAGCAUUCAAUAAUUUAGAUCGAAUUGUUAGUCAACGUCUACACAAGAAACUUGUUGGAUUCGGUGCUGGAAAAGAUGAGGAGUUAUGUUGCCACUACUUAACAGGAAAGGAUGAAACGAAAGUAAGCAAGGAUCGGGACGAUUUGCUAAAACAAGCAGACCACAUUGAUCUCAUAAAAUAUGGUAUGGUACCCGAACUAGUAGGACGUUUUCCUGUGCUCGUCCCAUUUACUAGUUUGACAGAAGAGUUACUCGUUCGGAUAAUGAAGGAGCCAAAAAGUUCGAUUGUUUCACAGGCUGAGAAACAGUUCUUGCUUGACGAUAUACGACUGUGUUUCACCGAUUGUGCCCUGAAAGAAAUCGCCCGUACUGCGGCACAAAAAGGAACCGGAGCACGAGCACUUAGAUCAAUAACUGAAAAAGUAUUGUUGGAUGCGAAGUAUGAUUUGCCUGGUACGGAAAUCCAUAAAUUGGUUAUUGAUGCAAAUGUUGUCAAAGGCAAGUGUCGUUAUUAUGCUAUGGAAAAUGCGAAUAUCGUGAAUUCUAAAAUUCCAAAGCAAUCACUCAUAAGAUUAAAGUAG